AUGCCUUGCCCUGAUACAAGAGAACAAUUUGCCUGUGAUAUUUAUUCGUCUAUUUCCGAUGAAUUAACAAUUGAUAUCUGUACACAACUAAAACAAAUUUUUACCCAUAAAAGUGGUUCCACCGAUCUUACAAUAAAUGCUGAUGUCGAUACGAAUCUAGUUAUCGAUGGUGAUUCUACAAAAGAAAAAGUUAUUGAUUUAUUUGAAAAACAUUUUCCAUAUUCAUCCAUUAAUCAACAACUGUUUCUUAUCUCAUCAUUUUGUAAAAGUAAACAAUUAAAUAUUAGUAGAAUAAUAUUGAAUAAAAUUGCAAGUAUAUUAGAAGAUAAACAAGAAGCAGAAGAAAAUAUAGGUCAAAACUCUUAUUGUUCAAGGCGUUUGCGAUCAUCUGUAUGUCAUUUAAAAGAAUACCAAUUAACAAAAUUUAAUAAUACAUUACAAAGUCCAUUGCAUGAUUCAGUCGUUCACGAUUGUAACCACAUUUUCAAAUUAUUGUUAAAAGCCGGUUUCGAUACCAAUGUCCAGUUAACCACAGAUAGAAAGACGCCAUUACAAUUUGCUGUGGUGUUUAUGACAAAUGAUGUUAGCAGACGGUUUUAUUAUGUACAAGCGUUAUUAGCUUAUAAUGCAAAUUUGCUUGUCCAAGAUAUCAAUAACGUGACCCCAUUCAAACGACUCUGUGGAUUAGAAUCAAAUUAUCCGAUUUUAUAUGAAUAUGUUCGUGAUUAUCUUUUGAUAAACUAUCCUGAUCAGUGUCGUUAUGAAUUUGAUUGUGGUUUAAAAAAUGCUUUAUAUUAUUGGAAUAUAUCGAUAAUAAGAAAUUUACUUCAAUAUGGUAGUGUUAUUAAGCCAUUUCAAAAUUGUGAUGCAUUUAUUCAAUUGAUAAAAAAUAUUUCGUCGACUAUGUUUAUUGAACGCCGUUCUCUGAUCUACGUUGAUACAUUUUUAUUGUGUAUUAUUGAACUGCUAUACUAUAAUGUCCCGUGUGAAAAUUAUCAAUUGUUAAUUGAACAUAUCUUUGAAUUUAUCUAUUUGAGAGCUGUUUGCUGUGAGCUUAACACAAACUCAACUACAUGUCCAUCAUUGACUAUCGUCAAACAUUUUUUACGUCUGUCGGUUUAUUAUGGUUAUUUGGAUCCAAAUGCCAAUUGUAUUCGUAAACAAUUAUCAACGAUGAUCACUGCACCCGUACCAAGAUCACCCUACACAUCGAUAAAGUCGAUACAAAUACAUCGACAAUCCAUUUAUGACACAUUGAUUCAAUAUUUAGAUUAUUUGAGAAAUAUGUACAAAAAACCAUUGAAAUUAGAUUUAUUAUGCAGUAGACAAAUAAGAAUGUACAUGUUUAAUUUCAAUGAUCAAUCUAUUGAAUCAUUACCGCUAGCGCAACAUUUAAAAAAUAAAAUUUUUAUUCAAGAUGGCAGAUAG